CCUGCAUCCUCAUGGACACCCGUCAGGCUCAUCAACUGCUGAGCCACGAUGGGAACUCUGUCGUAUCUCAGCUCCUGGGUCUGUUUCACUUUUUUUUUUUGGCUCAGCCAGCAAUUUCUCCCACCUCCAAGUUCUAGGAACCUCUAUAAAGGCGUUUUAUCUUGUAAUUAUUACAGGUCUUCCUUCCACACACAGCGUCUUGGUUUUUCUCUCUCCUUCAGGUCUGAAGAUAAUGUGGGUUUGUGACAUGGGAAAGGGGAGAAGGAGCUGGAGUCUCUUUUCUUCUUACCUUUUCUUUCUCACAAGGGGCUGAGGGCUGUUUUCCUGAGUGAGGAGGAAGUUAUUUUCAGAGUUAUGGUCUCCCUACUUGUCUGUGCCCCGGGGAGGGGCCUGCAUAGACACUGCCAGGAAGAACGCUGACAGGCGGGGUCUGUGUGCACAGCCUGACCUGAAGCAGCCAGGCUGUAGAUGUAGCAGUGUGGUCCCUCUCAAGGAUGGCUCUAAACAGAGAACAUUGCUGACUCUGCAGCUUGGAAACUGCUCCAGUUGGGCUCAGAGAAAUAAGGUGAUUUGCUCAAGAUCACACAGCUAGUAGGUAGCAGAGCUGAGUUUUGAAUCCCAGGUGCUUUUCGGAGACUAUUGCUUUACUUCUCACUUAUUUUAGGUUCAUGAAAUAAAAGACACUUAAGUUGGGUCAUAGAUGGCACAAAUAUGAUAGUUGGUUCAAUGGAUAAUGUUUGUUGAGCAUCUAUAAUGCAGGGAGUUGGGGAAAGAGCUGCUAUAAUUAGGUGGCAUGGGGUCUGCCUGUAGGGAGCUCAUUUGGAACAGCUAGAGCAGUACAUUUACAAGUAACACAGGCACAUUAUCCUAGAACAAACUAGAUGCUUAAGUGCUUAUGGAUGCUGAGAAAAUGACAACAGUUCUUCACAGGAGGCUUUCUGAAAGAAAGGGAUUUUUUUCUUUUUUUGGCUGCUCUGCAGCACAUGGAGCUCCCGGGCCAGGGAUCAGAUCUGAGCCAUAGUCAGGAACUAAACUUCAGCUGCGGCAAUGCCAGAUCCUUAACCGAUGGUGCCUGGCCGGGGAUCAAACCUGCGUCCCAGCACUCCCAAGACACUGCUGACCCUGUUGGGCCACAGCAGGAGCUCCAAGAAAGGGAUUUUGAAUCAGAUCCUGGAGGCCAUGCAUGAAGAUGAAGGGAAGGGCACUCCAGCCAGGUGCAGAGGUGUGGUGGGAAGAAAGAGUUGCGGAGUCGGCCGAGGUUUGAUGGAGUAUUAAGAAGGAAGGACUCAGCACUCGCUUGUGAUUUAUUGAACAUCUACCCCGUGGAAGAAAGUGUGUAGAGCUGGGUGCACAGAGACGUGUGCAGAAGAGACACGGACCCUGCCUUCCUGUUGCUUAGAUUUUGGAGGCAAAGACUAAGUACUGAUGGUUGAUAGUAAAAUAAUUACCCAGCUAUUACAGACAGUGAUUAUUUGUGUAGCACAGCAGCAUAGAUUAGAGGGACAUUCGAGCUAGUCUGUGAAGGAGCAGCAGUUAACUAGGCAAACUGUUUUGAUGGCGGGAGCAGGGGAAGGAGUGUGCAGAAAAGGGCAUAGCUUGUGCAAAGGGCCUGGGGGUAUCAGAGGAACCAGACAAAGGCCUGUGUGCUGGAGUUGAGAGACUGGAGAGGUGAGUGGUAGGAGAUGAGGCUGGGGAGAGGGCAGGAGCUUGAUCAGCUUUUGGUCUUUAUUCUGAGAGCUGUGGGGAUAAUAUAAAGGAUUUUAAGCAGGGAUGAUGUGAUCAGGUCUUCCUUUUAAGAAGAUCACUUUGGGUGCAAUAUGAAGAAUGUUUUGGAGAACAGUAGCUGCUACAGCUGAUAGAGGAGCAGCUGCAGUGAUCCAGCUAGAGGUGAUGGUGGCUCGGUGCAGGGUGGUGGUGGUACAGAUGGCAAGAAGUAGAUGGUUUCCAUAGAGGUUUAGGAGGUCGAGUUUACAGGACUUGGGGAUAUGUUAGGGAGUGGAGGAGCAGGUGGUAAGGACCCUUCGAGUUCCCAGUGCUCCAGGGUGAGGGAUGAUGGAGCGGGCUGUUGAGAUGUGGAACCUUAGAAAGGGACGCAGCUUGGGGAAGAAGAUGAAAUCAGCUUAGGAUGUCUGGUAGGUUGGGUCUAUGAGUCAGGAGCUCAAGGAGAGAACUGAGCUGGGAUUGCGGGUGUAGGUCAUUCACAUGUAAAUGACAAAGGAAGUUCAGGGCGUCGCUGAGUUUUCCCAGAGAGAAAAAGAACAGUAAAUGAAGAAGAAGGACCAAGUCGGGAGGAUGCUCAGCAGCCAGGUAGACGGGACCUCGUCAGCCUAAGAACAGCUAGAGAGCAGGGGUGGGGGAAUGUGGGGGGCAGGAAAGCCAGGAGAUGCUUGAGUGUUAUGUCAUCGAGGUGGAGCAAAAAUAUGUUCGAAGGAGGGGUGUACCUUUCGGUUUAUUUCCAGACCCACUUCUCCAUCACCACCCCCACAUCUACCAUGUGGUAGCCAUGCAUCUCUAGAUCAGAGCCACGUCUGUCGUAGUGCCCUGUUACAAGGAUGGCUGUAGCCCCUCCAAGUUACUGCUUCGUGGCCUUCCCGCCACGUGCGAAGGACGGUCUGGUGGUAUUUGGGAAAAAUUCAGCUCGGCCCCGGGAUGAAGUGCAAGAGGUUGUAUAUUUCUCAGCCACCGAUCAUGAACCCGAGAGCAAGGUUGAGUGCACUUACAUUUCAGUUGACCAAGUCCCCAGGACCCAUGCCAUCAUGAUCAGCAGACCUGCCUGGCUGUGGGGGGCAGAAAUGGGAGCCAAUGAGCAUGGAGUGUGCAUAGCCAACGAAGCCAUCAAUGCCAGAGAACCGGCCGCAGAGACAGAAGCCUUGCUGGGGAUGGACCUGGUCAGGCUUGGUUUAGAGAGAAGCGCAACAGCUAAAGAAGCCUUGGAUGUCAUCGUCGCCUUGCUGGAGGAACACGGACAAGGCGGGAAUUAUUACGAAGAUGCAGGCUCCUGCCACAGCUUCCAAAGUGCGUAUCUGAUCGUGGACUGCGAGGAAGCCUGGGUGCUGGAGACCGUGGGGAAGUACUGGGCUGCGGAGAAAAUCACGGAGGGAGUCAGGUGCGUUUGCAAUCAGCUGUCACUCACGACUAAGAUCGACGCAGAGCACCCUGAACUCAGGAGUUAUGCUCAGAGUCAAGGCUGGUGGACGGGAGAGGACGAGUUCAAUUUUUCUGACGUUUUUUCUCCAUCUGAUGACCAUCUAGCCUGCUGUUCAGGCAAAGACAGCUUGGAAAAGCAGGAAGAAAGCAUCACUGUGCAGACUAUGAUCGACAUCUUACGGGACAAAGCCAGUGGAGUCUGUAUAGACUCCGAGUCUUUCCUUACCACAGCCAGUGUAGUGUCUGUUCUGCCUCAAAACAGAAGCUCGCCAUGCAUUCACUACUUCACUGGGACCCCCGAUCCUUCCAGGUCCAUAUUCAAGCCUUUCAUCUUUGUCGAUGAUGUAAAACUCGUCCCCAAAGCACAGUCUCCCUGCUUUGGGGACAACGACCCGGCCAGAAAGGAGCCCCGGUUCCAGGAGAAGCCAGACCGCCGGCACGAGCUGUACAAGGCCCACGAGUGGGCUCGGGCCAUCAUCGAGAGUGACGAGGAGCGAGGUCAGAAGCUGAGGACGACCAUGCUGGACCUGGAGCAGCAAGGCCUGGAGGCCAUGGAGGAGCUCCUGAGCAGCUCUGCCCCCCUGGACCCCGCCGAAGUGGCGGACCUCUUCUAUGACUGCGUCGACACGGAGAUUAAGUUCUUUAAGUGAAGUAAGCAUUCGCUGUCUCCUUCUUACCGAAAACUUCCCACCUGACCACACUACCAGCAAGACAAACCACUCUCCCGUCUGAGUAAAACGAGAACCUUCCGAUGUGUCCAAGUCACGCUGUUCCCUUGUGUUCUGCCUCGAAUCUCAAAGCGCCCCCCUCCUCCUGCAGUGUAGACCCCCCUCCUCUGCGGUGUAACCUGUAUCCCAUUUGCCUGUUGUGCGAGUGUAUGACUACCUGUGGAUCUUCAGCUGCUCUUAUUGUGUUUCAGUGACAAUGGACCCAUGAGCCUUUUCAUGGGAGACCCAAAGUCCAUCAAGCCUUGAGAGACAGGCCAAGUUUGCAGAGAAGGCAAACGCUUUUCAAGUCUUACUCCUUCUCUCAGUAGCGGUUUCUUUCAGGUGAACAAAAAGCAUUUCUUUGUCCGGCCCAGGGCUCCCAUGUGCCUGCUGGGGGGAGCCCCUGGCCUCCCUCUCACUAGGCGCCUGCCCGUGAUGCAAACGUCUCCAGCUGGGUCUGGGACGGAAUAAGGGGGGCUCCGCUGCAGGCCCCGGCCACCCUGCUGCCGGGGAUCCGAAAGAACCCGGCUUCUGUGCACUGUGCUUGCGUGUGUGGGUGCGCGGACUCCCGGCCGGCUUCCUCCGUGGGAGCGGGGACCCGCCCGCUUUAGAGAUGCAGAGGCAGCCGCGCCAGGAUGGCCCCGGACCACGGCGUGGCUGCCGCCCGCGGAUGUGGCGGUGUCCAGAAUUGAUCCUGGGCCUGGCCGCCGCCAUCUAGUUUAGGAUUAAUUAAAUGGCCCCGGGGCAGAGUUCCACUCCACAAAGCUGCAAAUUUCUCCGCUAAUGAGGGAGAGAAAAGGAGACGCUCUUGGCUGUUUAGAUGGGAGUUAAAGUAGCUGGAAUCUGAGCAGCCUCCCCAUUAUCUUAGCAGAGACUUUAAUUAAACUGAUUUGUUUCCCACGUCGUGUGCGCGUGAAGGAUUUGGGUCACCAGCAGAGCCCAGAAAGGCGUGCGAGGAGGACCAGAUGGGCCCAGCCCUGGGAAGACAGAGGGCAGCGAGGGUGCAGAUGGAUGGAGAAGCAUUUCACUCCCGGGUAACAGGCCCACCCCUGCCCUGGCUGCCUGGCCUGUUCCAUCCCACAGCGCCUGGGAGGAAGCACCUGGCUUUGCCUGGUCCUUGGCUUUAUGCCUCAGGCCCGGCAGGUGUCCCAGGGGCCGCCUUCAGACUGGCAGCUGAAGUGGGCAGGUGGUGGGGGUGGGGGUGGGCUUACCUCCAGCUAUUGAGACUCUCCACCACUCUUGACAUAGAAAGGGGCGGAGAUGACGAGUGUGUGUUAACACGGCAGCUGGUGGUGGGACAGCGGCUUCAUUGCUCCAGCCUCCCCUGUACCAUAAGGGCCUCAUUAACUGCAUCGUCAAUAGGCAUUUGCACAUGAAAAUACUGUGAGUGCCAGUUGUCUUGGAAGUGACUUAGAGUCAGUGACUCCUUCUCCACAGCAGGUUAGCAAAGGCCACGCGAGCUGGAAGGGACUCAGGCCCCAGGCACAGAUGUGGACACUGAGGGUCACAGGUUUCACUGGAACAAAUCUUUUUUUCUACUAACUCCCUUGUGAGGGUGUGGGCCUAAGAGCAUGGUGAGCUUUCUGCCCAGCAGUUCUGCAGAUUCUAUAUGUAAAGUCACCGACGACGAGCAGGGAGAGGUGGGAGGAAUAUUUGAGCUGAUGGAGUGAACAGCACCCGUUCACAGUGGCUUAGAGUUGCUGCGUUUCGUCCAGGUUUGGCCUGGGCUCUCCCUGCGGAUGAACUCAGGUCUCCUCUUAGGUGGGGGCCGUUCUCAGAGCAUCUGUGUACAGCUGCUGAGCAGGGAAGGGUGAGGUUUGAGGAUGAUGUAGGUACCUCAGCCCCUCCGAAGCCCACCUGCCGAAAGCCGCUCUAAAAUCUCACCAUAGGAGCUCCCUGGUUAAGGAUCCAGUAUUGUCACUGCUGUGGCUUGGGUCACUGCUGUGGCAUGGGUUUGAUCCCUGGCCGGGGAAUUUCCGCAUGAUAAACAAAGUAAAAAUUUCCACCACGUGGUCUCACCUCUGUGUGUUAUGGAAACAUUUCAUCAGACCUGGCAUGUCUGAGAUACCCUAGGGGUUUGACCAAAAGAAGUCUAGUGAGAAUAAAUUACACAGAGGCCUGCUUUCAUUAUUAUGGGCCAAAGAAAGGUCAUGGAUAACCCAGACAGACUUAUGCCCUUACCCAGCCACUGUGCAGCGGGAAAAAUGCUGGCUAUUUCAGCUGUUAGGGACAUUGACCUCAGUCCAGCAACCCAGGGAGAGUGAGAGUUGAGAGCAGUCUAAUUGAGAGUUGCCGUGGCGGACGCUGAUACAUCACAAUUGUGGUGCCACUGUUUUACCACUAGAGGGCGUGGCAGCCCUUCCGUGGCACAGCCUGGCAGACGCUCAACAGGGCUGGGAUCCUUCCAUUAGGCUUGUACACAGGUCUUCUGUGUACAGCUAAAACCCAAAUAAUCGUGGUGGACCGGUUCUUCGUGCGUUGGGAUUUGUGGGUAAAGACAAGAAGAGGGCAAAGAAUCUGCUGAUGUGGCUGUACUCGCUUCUAGUGACUUAGAUUAACAGCUUGAAAUACGUAGUUGGAUUUUGAGUGCACUGUUGCAGGGGAGAUGUUUGUUUCUAAAUGCUCCUAACAGACUCUGCUUUUGGAAAAUGCUUAUCAUUACAUGGAUGCCUUCUUGACCAGGGAUUGCUUUUCUGAAGGCAGUAUGGGGAAAGUGAAUGUUCAGGAUGAACAAUGAAAAUCAUGUUUAAAGGUCAGUAUGUAAAUAGCCUCCUAGCAUACCUUGUGUGUAUCCAUUAAGACUUGGGGGAGGGUCAGGGGCUGUGCAUGCCUUGUGCAGAAAGAAGACACGGCCGUGAAGGACAGAGUCUUUUCCGAUCCCCCGCGUCCCACACCAAACAUAAAUAAGGUGGUUAGUUUUGGUUAGUAAGUGGGAUUCACCAUGGAUGAAGGCUCAUACCAGGGAGGGGCAGAAGCCCCAGUAAAUUAGCAAAGCAGAAGUAGUACCUCUUUCGCUUUCGGAGGCGGUUUGGAAUUUUAGGUGUAUACUUGAAACUAUGGUGAUUUAGUGCCCUGUAACCUAAGACAGUGUUAUUAUUAGAGCCCUUCUGAUAAGUGCUCUCCCAGAGCAGGUGUAUGCCUAUUAGACAUUAGCAGUGAAGUUCCUUCACUAUUGGGUGAAUUAUUACAUAUAAAAAUAAUUAUCAACCAGGCAAACUACUUUGCUGCCUGAUGUCAUCCCACAUGGGUACAGGUGUUACACAGCUCUGCCUGGCCCAGCAGGAAAGCCAGAUGGGACCAGUGUGUCUGUUACGAAAUCACUAACUGCAUACCUGACUGACAGGCAGGCAGGUCAUUUCUGGGGAAGGUCUCCAGCUGGGCUCAGCUUUGGGAGGAAGCACACAGAGGAAGGAGGGAAGGGAAGCCACCAAGCUGGCCGGUCCUCUCUGGAGGGGGAGGGGUGGCAGGUCACGUGACCUGCAGGCCAUCACUGCCUUGUGCUUCCUUGCUGCCAUGGCAUUUCAUUCCACACGCUCCUAAGUCCCAGAUCCCCUCCUACGGUUUGUAUCACAUGUGCUUCUUCUGAUUGAAUCCAGAUGUCCCGAGACGUCAAGGCUGAUUUCUCGUGGGGAUGUAUCUGUACGUGUUUGCGGUCAUGCUGUGAGAAGUUAAAUGUGUGAGCUGGAAAAUGCUAUGGGCAGAGAAUAAUAAAAAGGAAAGUCUUCCUGUUUUCCUGCAGUGGGAACUGACUGUGUAGUCUUAACAGCCUUUUGUACAAAUAUCUGCAAACCAGAUAACUUCCCCAUCCAGCGCUUGUUCUUGGAAUUGUGUCUAAAUACAUCCAGCAUACAAUAAAAAAAAUACUGAAAUGAA